GGAAGAAAAUUGAGAUAUCAAUUAUUUUUAGUCAGCAAAUGGAAUAGCGGAAGUUCAAUUAGUCAUCAUCCGGAAAAAACAACAAAUGAACAGUUGAUAUUAAAUUUUACAAUUAUCACCAUGGGGACUCUCAACAUAAAAUGGGAUCCAAAGAACCUAGAAAUUCGCACCAAGUCCGUGGAGAAGACGCUUGAACCACUUGUGACACAGGUAACAACACUUGUUAACCAGAAAGGACCCUCAACCAAGAAGAAAGGCCGCUCCAAGAAGGGAAAUGUGUUGGCUGCAGCUGUACAGCAGGCCACCCACAACUUCGUGGAGCAGGGAGAAGAUAUUGCUAAUGAAAACCCUGAUGUGAAAGAAGACAUGCUUGCUGCUGUCGAGGAAGUCAGGAAAACUGGUGAUGCUAUGGGCCUGGCAUCAUCAGAGUUUGCUGCUGACCCUUGCUCAUCAAUGAAGCGUGGGGCAAUGGUUCGGGCGGCCAGGGCCCUGCUGUCUGCGGUCACCCGUCUCCUUAUUCUGGCCGACAUGGUAGACGUGCACCUCCUAUUGAAAUCACUCAGAGUGGUUGAGAAUGAUCUUGACCGUAUUCGUAAUGCGUCAAGCCAGCAGGAGUUGAUGGACAGCUUCAAGGAGUUUGGAAAGAGUGUCGUGGAGCUGUCAGAGAGGGCUGCCCAGAGACAGGCUGACUUGAAGGAUCCGAGGCGGAGGGAUGACUUGGCGGCCUCCCGGGCCACACUAAAGAAGAGCAGCAUGAUGCUCCUUACUGCCUCUAAGGCGUAUGUGCGACAUCCAGAGCUAGCAGCAGCAAGGGCCAAUAGAGAUUGGGCAUAUGAGCAGCUGUGUAACGCCGUCAACACAAUAUCUGGGGUUGCCCAGGCAACAGGACAGUCCAGUGCACAUCCGUAUGAGGGGGCAGGAGAACUCGCAGCUGCAUUAGAUGAACUUAUGCAAAAGGUGAUCAUGGAUCCUCUCACAUACAAUGAGGUUCGAACGCGUCCCUCCCUCGAGGAGAGAUUGGAGAGUAUCAUCAGCGGAGCCGCACUCAUGGCCGACUCAGCGUGCACAAGAGACGACAGACGGGAGAGGAUUGUACAGGAGUGUAACGCUGUCAGACAGGCACUACAGGAUCUCCUCACUGAGUACAUGAACAAUUGUAGGCCAAAGUUCCCUAUCAGAAAGACGAGGUUUAAGGCUGGUAGAUCUGAGCCGAGUGAAGCCUUGGAGAGGGCCAUUGACAACAUGCAGAAGAAGACCAAGGACCUACGGAGACAGCUACGUAAAGCAGUUGUCGACCAUGUGUCAGACUCUUUCCUUGAGACCAAUGUGCCGUUGCUUGUGCUGAUUGAGGCUGCCAAGGCCGGGGAUGAGAAGGGAGUGGAGGAAUACGCCGUUGUGUUUGCUGAUCAUGCUAACAAACUGGUCGAGGUGGCAAACCUGGCAUGUUCCAUGUCCAGCAAUGAGGAGGGAGUGAAGAUGGUUCGACUGGCAGCGGCUGAAAUAGAAAAACUGUGCCCUCAGGUGAUCAAUGCAGCCCGUGUACUGGCAGCGAGGCCGAGGUCCAAGGUUGCCCUUGAGAACAUGGACGUGUUCAAAGAUGCCUGGGAAAACCAAGUUAGGCUGCUCACAGACGCUGUAGAUGAUAUCACCACCAUAGAUGAUUUCCUCGCUGUCUCAGAAAGCCACAUUCUGGAGGAUGUGAACAGGUGUGUGUUUGCCCUGCAAGAAGCAGAUGCUGACACACUUGACCGCACUGCGGGAGCCAUACGGGGCCGCUCCGCCCGCGUGUGUAAUGUCGUGUCUGCUGAGAUGGACAACUACGAGCCCGGGCCAUACACCGACCGUGUCAUGGAGGCAGUUAUCCUGCUGCGGGACCAAGUGAUGCCAAACUUUGCUGAGAAGGUUGAGAUUGCUGUAGAUGCCCUUUCCCAGAAUGCACCUGAGCGUAUAGAUGACAAUGAGUUCAUUGAUGCCAGCAGACUUGUGUAUGACGGUGUACGAGACAUCAGACAGGCAGUGCUUAUGAACAGGGCGCCGGAGGACCUGGACACAGACACAGACCUGGAGGAUGAGGUUGAUCACUAUGACACACGAUCUAGAUCGAGUUACCAGACGGACGUGGAUGACAUCCAUGGGAAGUCUGACCGGGCCAUGAUGAGAGCCCUGCCACAAGAGGAGAAGGAACAGAUUCAGGCUCAGUUUGAAAUGUUCCGUAUGGAGAAGCAGAAGCUGGACAUGGAGGUUGCCAAGUGGGACGACAGGGGCAAUGACAUCAUCGUCAUCGCCAAGCAGAUGUGCAUGAUUAUGAUGGAGAUGACUGACUUCACCAGAGGUCGAGGCCCCUUAAAGAGCACCAUGGAUGUGAUCAAUGCAGCCAAGAAGAUUUCUGAGGCUGGAACCAGUCUGGAUGCUCUUGCUGUUAAAGUUGCAGAACAGUGUCCAGACUCUGCCUCCAAGAAGGACUUGAUGGCAUAUCUACAGAGAAUAGCCCUGUACUGCCACCAGCUGAACAUUACCAGUAAAGUGAAGGCCGAUGUACAGAGUGUUGGAGGAGAGCUGAUUGUCUCUGGGUUGGACAGUGCCACAUCCCUUAUCCAGGCAGCCAAGAAUCUGAUGAAUGCCGUGGUGUUGACAGUGAAGGCUUGCUAUGUCGCUUCUACCAAGUACAAGAACACUGGAAAGAUGACAAUCGUUGCAUGGAAGAUGAAGCCUCCAGAGAAGAAGCCAUUGGUUCGUCGGGACGAGGGACGUGAAUAUGGGCGCAUCAGUCGGGCUGCAGGCAAGAAGAAGAUUGAGCCAAUCAAGGCUCUUUCAGACUUCCAGGAGAUCGAUAAAGACAGCUUUUGCUGAUCUAGACUUUGUUUUUAGAAUCAAGAUUUUCAGUGAUCAUGAUUGCUGUGUAAAAUGGCUGAUGAAAUGAGACUUUGAAAGGUGUUACUCUAGCAAUAUUUGUUUUCUAACACACGAUAAGCAGUGAUAGAAAAGUGUACCAAAAACUAAAAACAAAUGUAUUCAUAGUCAGUUAAUUGUUUGUGGGACAGCAUUAGCAGUCUUGAUUUUUGGUUUACUGAUUAGUAUUUUUUAUAAAAAAGGUUGACUUUUGAAUAGUUUAAGUGCUUAGGAUGUGCGUGUCCAUCCUGUUAAUUAAUACAGCCUUUGUAUAUCUACUAACUGCUACAACAAAUUUCUAAGGGUUUGUUACUUGUCUAAAAAUAGUAAUCAUGUAUUAACACCUUAAAUGUCAGCAUAAAUAUCUGACCUUAAAAACAUGUGCAAUGAACAUCGAAUUUAACAUGACAGCAUUACGUCAUGCUGCUUAUCAUUUUGAGACACAAAAUUGACAAUUAUCCUUCAUUCAAUUCUGGGAGUACUUGAUGGGUAAUUUGCCAACACUGUUGGUAAAAGUCUACAUAUUGUCUAGAUGGAUAUAUCUUGUAACCAGUUGAAUUGGUAGCCAGUUAUUUAUUUACUAUAAGUAAAGAAUUACUUUUUGUUAUAAAUGUUGAGGAAAAUGUAUGCAUAGGACAAACAUGCUUGUAGACUUGUAGUGCUGGUGCAGGAUAGUUUGAGCUUUAUUCAGAAAUAAAAGUUUUCUUUUUUCAAAAUUACAAUGGCUUGUACAUGGAUGUAUCUACAUACAUGUGUGUCAUACAUGGGUCUCUUCAUAUAAAAACUACAUAUCCAUGCCAGAUCCAUGUCAAUUGUCAAUUGUCAAAACACUUGUGUACUUGCAUAGGGUAAAUCACAUCAGGUUUGCUUCCUGUGCUGUUGUAUGGUGGGUACACUUGUAUUUACAAGAACACUUAACUGUAUUAUUGUGUAUUUUCUCACAAACUGCUAAUUUGUUAUAGAUACAUGUACACUUAGUGUCAAGCUUCAGAUCAUUCUUUACUAUUCCAAGUUAGGUAGGCAUGCUUCAGUUUAAAUAUUUACUACCGUAAUGUUUUUUAUGUUAGUGAGGACGGGCUUGGGUUGGCCAUCCAGAAAAAAAUCACAUAUAUUUACCGAAAGCUACAUGUCUUGGUAGAUUUGUGUUGUAGAAAAGGAUUUCUUUGUUUUAUUACAGAGUUUCUUUACAGUGAUUUUAUAAGGGUUAUAUAACUAUUUAAAGCGUUAGAUUUAUAUUUUUGUGAUUUUUUUUUUAUUAAUUACAGUGUGAUUUAUUUAGUUGUGUAUUUUAUAUGCAUGCCACUAGAAACAAUAUUUUUACAUUCUGUAUGCCAUGUCAUUUUAAUGGCAUGAUAUCAAUUUGAAGAUUCAUCAUUCAUUUUUACGAAUCUCUGUGUAAAUAAUAUCAUUAUUUAUGUACAGAUACAUUGUAUGUUCAUUUUCUCCAGUUUUGUUAGUAAUCUACCUUCAUUGAUUUUUGUUUCAAAUUCUAAAUUAUUAUAUUUAACACAAACUAUCCAUAUCAAGCAUUUGAAGCAUUUUACACGGUUGUGAACCUCUUUAUGACUGAAAUCAUUUUCAUUUACUUUAUGAAUAAACCCACUAACAGACCA